CGCAGUUGUUGACCUGGGCUGCUCAGUCUCACUGUGAAAUUAUUAUUUGAAGUGUGCUGAACAUUUCUGACUUGAUAACAGGGGGCUGUAGUAGAUAGUUUAGAUGGAAAAAUCCAGAAAUUUCUGCAUCGACGCGCUUUUGGCUGUCGAUCCGCCUAAAGUGCAAACCUCGCCUUUGGCACUGGUCACCUCUUUAUCCUCUUCAGCAGUCUCUUCGUCUGGAAAUGCACCGGCUUCUGAGUUGAAUAACAGCACCGAUUCUUUAAGGACUGAGACCCCGUCUCCGCCAAGGAUCUCUGCGUGCGGCCUGAUGCCUAAACCAGGUUUCUUGACGGGCUCCCACUCUGGUGUAGUCGGAUUACAUCCGCAAAGUACAGCCGGAAUCCCUACCCAAGCUCUCUACGGGCACCCGAUGUACACCUACUCAGCCGCUGCCCUCGGACAGCACCCAACCCUGUCUUACUCGUACCCUCAUCAUAUCCACGCGUCACAACAUCACCACCACCCGAGCGACCCCAUCAAACUCACUCCGGGGACUUUUCAACUCGAUCACUGGCUACGCAUGUCCACUGCGGGGCUGAUGCUGCCCAAAAUGCCGGAUUUCAACAAUCAAACGCAGUCUAAUUUAUUGGGGAAAUGCAGAAGACCCAGGACAGCCUUCACGAGCCAACAGCUGUUAGAAUUAGAACAUCAAUUUAAAUUAAAUAAAUACCUUUCAAGACCCAAACGAUUCGAGGUGGCAACUUCGCUAAUGCUUACAGAAACUCAGGUAAAAAUAUGGUUCCAGAACAGACGUAUGAAAUGGAAACGGAGCAAGAAAGCAAAAGAACAGGCCGCUCAGGAGGCAGAUAAACAAAAAAAUAAUAAAAACGUCCAGGACCAAUCGGACGACUUUGAGGAGAAGUCGGAUUACAAGAAAGGUGACGCAGUUAAAAACAACAGGAUACGAGACUUCCGAGACAGUGAUGACGAUGAAGCAGAACAGUCCCAGUACAAUUCUUCGGAUUGCUCUUCAGAAGAUGAAAGAACCCACAACAGACAUAGCUGUCCUUAGUAAUGAGACUUAACAGGACGAAGUGGCUGAGGGGGUGUGGUGCGGGGGUGGGGGUAGUUGUUUCACGUUUAUACAGUUCUUUAAAGUCACUGCGCCCUUCUGCAAACUGUGCAACGGCAUGUUUAACUGCAAACGCGGUUUCCUCAUGGACCAUUUUGCAGUGUUCGUCUAAACAAAAAGUUAGAAACCUCAGCAACGGCCGAUUAUCUCAGCGAUGCAGAAGUCUGUAAAUAUGAACUGAAAGAAGACAUUCUGUUUUUGUGAGACCAUAUCAUUAUGAACUGGCUAUUCGUCCAUUGUCUGUUACAUUCUUGUUAUUAUAAAUGACUACUGAUUUGCUGGACAUAUUCUGCCAAUAUUAUGUAAAUGUUACCUUACUGCUUCUGAGUUAAGGUUUGUAUUUAGUUGAUGGAGGUCUGUUGGAGCAGAGAUUUACUGGCCGUUAUUGAAGAAUGCUCAGUAACAUUGGAGGUUUACUACAGUGUUCGGUAAAUAAUUAUUAUAUAGCUCUUUAAAAAAAAAAAAAAAAAAAAAGCCAAUUUUUUCAGUUUUAGAACUGAAAAUGUGCGUGGUUGGUACAUCGCUGAAAUGUGCGUGGUUGGUACAUCGCUGAAAUGUGCGUGGUUGAUACAUCCCUGAAAUGUGCGUGGUUGGUACAUCCCUGAAAUGUGCGUGGUUGAUACAUCAAUGAAAUGUGCGUGGUUGGUACAUCGCUGAAAUGUGCGUGGUUGGUACAUCGCUGAAAUGUGCGUGGUUGAUACAUCCCUGAAAUGUGCGUGGUUGAUACAUCAAUGAAAUGUGCGUGGUUGGUACAUCAAUGAAAUGUGCGUGGUUGGUACAUCAAUGAAAUGUGCGUGGUUGGUACAUCGCUGAAAUGGGCGUGGUUGGCACAGCAAUGAAAUGUGCGUGGUUGGUACAUCCCUGAAAUGUGCGUGGUUGGUACAUCGCUGAAAUGUGCGUGGUUGAUACAUCCCUGAAAUGUGCGUGGUUGGUACAUCAAUGAAAUGUGCGUUGUUGAUACAUCGCUGCAUGUGUCAUAAACGUUAAAAUUGCAGGAAGAAAGAAAACUGUGCCGUCUUUAUUUUUGUAUAUUGUAUUUAUAAAGAUGCCUCUAGGUACUGCAUGCUAAAUUAUUGUUGAGCUUAUCCCAUUGUGCAGAUAUGACAAAUAAAUUGGUUUUGUACAA